GUGGGGAGGAGGACGAAAGCUACGUGUCGUCGUUCAGGAAAGACAGCAUGGGAGGCAGGGGCGGGAAGACGAAGGCGUCUGCCCGAAAUGGUCGUCGGGGGAAAAAAGCGGCGGGGAAGCGGAGCGAUGCCGAAGGUGACGGUGAUGUGGAAGGAGGUUGUCACUUCUGGUCCGUUGACGACAUUAUAGCCCUCAUAGGGGCUAAACGUGACCAGGAUGCACAUCGGCAGGGGAUGGGUCACGCCUACGCUCGGAUAAAGCCGCAAGAAUGGAAGUGGUUAGAUGUGGCGCAAAGGUUGAAGAAGGUGGGCGUCGACAGAGAUGCAGAUAAGUACGGGAAGAAGUGGGACAAUUUGAUGCAACAGUUCAAGAAGGUGCAUCAGUUCCAAGGCUUGUCCGGGAAACAGGACUUCUUCCAAUUCUCUGGGAAGGAGAGGACGUCCAAGGGCUUCAAUUUCAACAUGGAUCGUGCGGUUUACGACGAGAUAGUGGGGUCGACCGCCAAGAACCACACCAUAAACCCCAAGAACGUGGCCAACACAGGUGCUUCGGGUGGUGUGCGUCUGUCGUCCGCCUCUUCUGCGGAUCCUGAAUCUGUGGGUGAUGGGGAUGAUGGUGCAGGGCACGACGACAACGAUGACGGCUCGACGAACGGUUCUUCUCAAAUGACUGGUAGCCCCGACGGUUUCGGCAAGAGUAAGAGCACGAGGCAGCAAACUUUCGAAGCGAUGACAAAAUGCAUGAAGAAGCACGGGGCGCUAAUGGCGUCGACGAUGGAGAGCGCAAGCAAGUGGCAGUGCUCCAUCCAAGUCCGGCAGUGUGAGGCGUUGGAAGCGGAGGUUGAAGUGCAGAAAAAGCACUACGCAGCGUUAGACGAAGUCAGCAAACUGAUGUGCCAUGCUUUGUUGGAGAUAGCGAAGGCCAUUCGUGAGUAUUAGAGCUCGUGUCGCCUCUGUUGUGCGCAUUGUCGUUUCCAUGGAUGUGGACUGCGUGAAAGUGUGAGCCUUUCCAUCGUCGUUGUAACCGUGA